AUGUGCCGCCGCCACCUGCUGCUCCGGCUGCCGCCGACCGCAUCCGCCGCCGCUGCUCGCUGCCCAGCUCCGCCCGAGUCUCCUCCCUCGAAUCCCCACCGCCGCGACACAGCUCUGCUACCCGGAGCGGCGCUCCCUGCUACUCCUCUUCAGCCGUAUCUGCAUGCUUUCCUCGUCGGAUUUCCAGAUGUGAUUCACUUCAUGUUCUCCAAGGUUGGCUCUGACUUAACCAUGGAUGCUACAUGCAGAAAACUAUUUUCAGUAUUCAGGAGAAAGGUCCUCUGUUUACUAAAUCAGACAACAAAGUGAAGAAGGCUACUAUCGGCUUUUGUGCUAGAACUCCAAAACGGCAAAAAUAUGUGAAGGUGACAAGGAGGAAGUUAGAGGCCGGCGGUACAAGCUGAAUGUACACGCUAGCUUUCCCAUUCAAGAUAGU